AUGACAGGAAUCUGUAUGCAGUCUGAACAGCGAGGACAAGAUGGAACAAUGCUGGCUCAGCAUUUCCCCUUUACCCUGUUCCCCAGCGUGGUGCCCCGGACUUGCUUCCAGGAGGCCGUGGACUGCAUGCUGGAUUUCAACACACUCAUCCAUAAAGUAGCCCAUGAUCACAACUUCCUGGAAAAUGCCCUUAAGAAUGUUUUGGAGGUUGAUGAGUUUACACAGGGGUUAUGGAAGAUCUACACACAAGUCAGGGAGGAAGGGUACACUCAGCCCCUGUCAUUGGGAUUGUUCAGAAACGACUUCAUGAUCGAUGUACAGGACCCUGACCAUGUCCAGAUUAAGCAGGUUGAGAUCAACACAAUAGCAGCAGGUGCAGGCAGCCUUGGAUCAUUGUUAGUUUACCUGCACAGAUUGACCCUUGAUAUGAUAGGGAAGCAUUACGACAAAGAGGAGGUUCAGGAUAACGACGCUUCUCUGGGAGCAGCUUGGGGUUUACUGAAGGCGUGGGAGUUGUAUGGACGGAAACAAACGGAUCCUGGAGUUCAAAGUCUCUCUCUCAACCCUGGGGUUCGGGUUCUACGUCGUACUUACCUGGACAUCUACAACGGCGCCUCCUUGACAGAAGAUAGGAGACUGGUGGUUGACGGAGAUGAAGUGGCAGUUGUGUAUCUGCGUGCUGGUUAUGCACCAAAUGAUUUUCCUACACACAAGGAAUGGGAUGCAAGACUAAAACUUGAACGUUCAAUGGCUAUCAAAUGUCCCUCCAUCCAAUAUCAUCUGGCUGGGUUAAAGAAAAUCCAACAAGUAAUAUCCCAACCUGGGUCAGUGGAAAAGUUCAUUAAAGACCCAGCUGCAGUGAAGAGAAUCCGAGCUACAUUUGUGAAGCAGUAUAGUUUAGAUCUGGGUCCAGAGGGGGAUAAGGGCGCGGAGUUGGGGAAGACUCACCCAGGCAUGUACGUCCUCAAGCCUCAGAGAGAAGGGGGAGGACACAACCUGUAUGGAAACGACAUCAGAGAAUUCCUGGAGACACACCAGAAUUCCACAGAGAGGAAUGCCUACAUCCUGAUGGAGAGGAUAUUCCCAAAGGCACACAAGAACUAUCUCGUCACACCUGGGAGACCUUCUGCCCUGUCUGAUGUGACCAGUGAACUGGGGAUAUUUGGAGUGUACAUUGGAUCCGCCACUGAAGAGAAGAUCAACAUGCAGUGUGGCCACAUGCUAAGGACGAAGCUUCUUGAAACAGACGAAGGUGGACUCUGUACUGGGCAUGCGUGUCUUGACUCACCAUUCCUCGUGAACGACGAACUGUGA